GACAAAUUAAUACGAGGUGAUCAUCGGGGUCCUUUAUUUCCAAAUCCACAUUCAUCGACAUUUAAUGAUGCGAUAAAUAUAAUUCAAGUAAAUGUAGAAAAUAUUGAACCUGAUAAUGGGAUUGCUAUAGGAAUGGGAAUUGAUGCAGCAUUAGCUGCUGCAAAGUUUCAUUUUGAAUUAAUAAAGAAACAAUAUCUUGUAAAAAAUUUAUCCUCAAUAAGAUGGUUUCAAAAAUGUCUACCAGCAAUUCUUAAAGCUUUAAUUUCAUCAUUGUCAGAUAUUCAUAGAAUGUCCGACAAUAUUUCUUUAUAUCCUUCACCGUCUACACCUAUAUUAAAAUCUAUAAUAUUAGGUCCCGAGAAUCGGGAAUUUGCACAUGAAAUUGUGAGACAAUCUUUGAUGUUACCAGCUGGUAGCCCUCUUUAUAAAGAUAUUAUUAGAGGUGCUGUUCAUAUAGUGGGUGUUUGGAUUCUAAGUGUGGAAGAAGAAAGGCCACGUACUUACGUAAGUCCCUUCAAAAUCUACUCUCACCAAUUAGUCAAAAUGAUGCAUCAACAACACCAGCUUCAACACAAUUAUAAGCUUCAUCAUUUACAAGUAAAUAUUCAGAUGCAAAUGUAUAUCUUAGAAAGUGGCAGUAAUGUUGCUUUAUUGGGGAUAUUAACAUUGGUUCUUGGUCAGACAUGGUAUGUUCGACAAAUAAUCGCGACGACAUUCGCGGUUUUGUGGGGUGCAAGAUUAGGAUGUAAGCAAUAUAAUUUACUUUUACUUUUCAUAUUUUUAAAUUCUCCAAGAAUAAGUAAUGAUGAAUAUGAUGGCAGGGAUGUUAAAUUCGGUAGAGCUACCGAUGUUAUUGGUGUGUUUGUAUUUAUCAUCGGUAUAUUAUUUGAAUCUAUUUCUGAUUUUCAAAAGAUAAAGCUGUACUUAACCAACACAAUUUAUGAAGACAGGACUUUGGUCGUGGAGACUGGAAUCUUUUUAUUAUGUUUACAACCUAUUAUUACUGGAAUAGGUACAAAUGCCACUUAUGCUUCCAUUACCUCUCCCGUAUUCACAAUUUUCUUGCUCAUGUUUUUAAGUGGGAUGCCAUUAAACGAACGUCCCGCACAUGAAAAACAAUGGAAGCAAGGAAACUGGAAUGAUUACUCCAAAUAUCUUGAGCGUACUUCU